UGGCGCAUUCAAAUGUGGGUCCUCUGCAAAUACCCACCCCUCACAUGCACACAUGAACCAAAAAUGAGAGACCACCUGUGUGAGCUCCAACCUCUAGAGAGGUAGCAAGACGACACAUUUCUUUGGUGGGAGGCACAUUCCCACUGCUGAACAAAAGGACAGAAACGUCUUUCAAGUUUUAGGUGUCGGCCCAUCAUCAAAAAAAGGAAGCUGGCAAAUCGCGAGAAGAUGCUUCCAUCAGUGUGUCACAUCCUGAAGUUUCUUUGCUGCAGUCCAAAGAUUUGCUGCUGUUUGCAUCUGCUGCAGGUCUUUGAUGCUGCAGCUAUUGGGACUAUACAGAUCUUAGUGGGCCUGUUUAACAUUGGACUUGGGCCGGGACGAACAAGCACACAUCCUGGGGACCUCACCAGCCUGGGAGCUGCUUACUGGCUGGGUGCUGUGUUCAUUGUUAGUGGAAUUGUGUCCAUUUUGGCUGGACAACUCCGUUCAUCCUGUUUGAUGGGCUUCUCUGUUUUCAUAAAUAUUGCUGGUGGGAUCUUUGCCAUUGCUGCCAUUGUGCUGUAUGGCAUAGACCUGAGAGACGCCUCUCUCCUCUGGAUUUGUGACCGCAGCAGCGAUGAUGCUGUUCAUUAUGAAGACAACUGCAGAAAUGUAGCACUUUUUGCCCAAAAAUUACUGAAAUCCUUGGACAUCACACUGAUCACCCUGGCUCUUCUUCAGCUGGCUGUCAAUAUUCGUUAUGCUAUUUGGGGCAUCAGAGCUCUGUGUCCACAGGGUGACAAAGAUGUCGAGGAACAGUUGCCACAAGUCAUGGAAGAGAUCAUCCCGAUCCAUCCCGGAAAUGAAAACUGACCUCGUGAACACAUGAAUGCAUGAGCUGCACAUUUACUUCUGUUUCUCUGAACUCCAGCAGAAC